AUGUCGGUGAAUGAAGCAGAGGACAACAGCUGGGGUGAGGGUGAAGUCGACGAGGAGGAGGGAUGCGACCGAGUGGCGCGUGACCUGCGGGCUGAGUUCUCGGCCGGGGCGUCGUCGGAACCUAGAAGGGACUCACUACUUCGGCCAGAUGAGGACGCGUCUCCCGUCCUGCCCGAUAAGCGCAAUGGCAUUUUCUCGGCGGAUGCGGGCGGCCGAACCCAGGCUCGGCGUUGGCCGCUCCAGGUCCUCUCAAUUCUCUGUUCGCUGCUGUUUGCCAUCCUCCUCGCCUUCCUUCUUGCCAUCACCUACCUGAUCGUAAAAGAGUUACAUGCUGAAAAUUUGAAGAAUGAAGAUGAUAUACACACUGGACUGUUAGGAUUCUGGACUCUACUUAUAAUAUCCCUAACUGCCGGAUUCUCCUGCUGCAGCUUUUCUUGGACAGUGACUUAUUUUGAUUCUUUUGAACCAGGAAUGUUUCCUCCUACUCCUCUUUCACCUGCCAGGUUCAAGAAACUGACUGGACAUUCUUUCCACAUGGGCUAUAGUAUGGCAAUUUUGAAUGGCAUUGUAGCUGCUCUUACUGUAGCUUGGUGCCUCAUGUAAACCCACACUGAAGCAAUAUUCUUGACAAAACUUAGUCAUGAUUGCUUUGUAAUAGCAGGGAAGAACAUCAUUGCCUACUCAGAAGACCAAGAAGCCUGCUGCUCAUUAUGUGGUUCAUAUAUGUGUCAUAUCAUCAUCAUUAUGGAGGACUUUUAAAGCAUCGUUUUGGAGCCUAGGCAUUGGGAAUAUCUAAGUAUUAAGUUUUAAGUAGUUCUUAAAAGUGUAAGAUGUUUACCUCAUCUUUUUACUUUUGUGUGUGUUGUCCUUAUAAGUUGUAGAAAACAUUUUAAUGGAAAUCAAACUAGAAAACUUGGGUGCAGAACAAACAUCCUGUAUCAAUGCCUGCCUUUCCAUGUAUAUGUAUAUACAACUUUUUUGCUAAGAAAUACUGAUAGUACUGUUUGAGAUAGAAAUAUUUCUUAUUUAUUCAUUAUAUUAGGAAAGCAAACAAUGCCUACUACUUUGACAUUUUAUAGAAGCUACUUUUGAAUCAGAAUAUUUAGUUUUUGAUAUAUAAUCAAUAGAAGGUGCAUUUAUAUUUUUUAAUGGGCUAUGGUUCUUUUGGUGUUUUUUUACGUAUUUUCCUACUGUAUAUUGAAUUUGUAUGUUUUUAAAUUGUUACAUCUAGGCAAAUGUAAAUGUUAUUUUUUAACUGGUACAAACCCUAAUACCUACCAUUUUUAAUAAGUAUUGUCUUUUAUGAAAUGCACAUUGGCCUGAGUCUAAAGCUAAGUAAACUUAUU